AAACCAUUUCUUUGAGUUUGGUUGGCUGUUUGUGAGCUGACAUAUUUUUGUGACAUUUUUAUAUGAGGUGGUGCAUUUUGUGAGUGGUGUAUUUUUUUAGGUACUUUUUUGAGGCGAUGUAUGUUUGUGAGGUUGUGUUUGUGAUGUGGUGUAUGUUUGGGAGUGUCUUUGAUGUACUACAUUUUCGCCAGGUGCUACAUAUUUGUGAUGUGCAUCUUUUUUAGGUGGUGUGUAUUUAGGAGGGUGGUGUAUGUGAGGUACUAUAUUUUGGUGAAUAUAAUAUUUUUCUGCAGUUAUGCUGAAUGGAAUUUUCAAUGACCGUCUUUAGGUGAGGUUUUUAGUUUUUGUUUUUGUUUUUGUUUUUGACUGAUGACUCGUUUGGUGAUAACUGUCCGCUCUAUAAAAACCAACCUACUCUCGUCCUGUAGGCUUAAUGCGAAUCCAGGACUUAUUCCAGGCAAUCAACGUCCGAGAGAUUAUGUUGGAACUGGACGUCCGGCGUGUGGGCGACAAAAGUCAUGUGACUGAGAUGUCAUCUGUAUUUCGCUCGCUUCACGUAGCGCGAGACGUGUGCAUCUUACUUGACCUGGAGCAAGAUGACCCUGUGACCUCUGUCGCCAUGUUAGCUCAGGUCCAGGCUAACGUUAAAGAUAUUAUACUUGUCACAAUGGACGUCCUGCCUAUUCUCCACACUCUGUCCUCGGCAUCAUGGCGGCAGGGUCGACCUUGCAACAUCAGCGGCUUCCAGCUUUUGCCUCUGGAGCCUGCGACAACAACGCAGCAUCCCCCUUUCCCCAGCUCGUCCCAUCAGGCCAAGGACGGCGUUGCUGCCCCCGCAGACGAGGUGAAGGUGGUGAGAGAGGAAGCUCCCCCUCGCCGGCCACACACAGCGCUCGUGGCCUCAUCGCCGACACGCUGCUGGUGCUGCAGGCCGCCCUCACAGACGUGCUGCAGGCUGACGGAAACAUCUUCCUCCACGCACGCAACGACGACGGCGACACCGAGCAGCGGCAAGAAAAGUCUAUGAAAUGCACGAGCUUCGUGGUGGACAAGAAGGAGCAUGGAGACACUCUGAUGGAUGCUUUGCGGGUGGUUCAUGUCUAUGGAGAGACAGGACAUGUCAGUUUCGACUCCUCAGGCAAAAGAGAACACUUCUCCUUUAGCGUCUAUUCCAUCAAGUCGGGAGCAACGACAGCUAUGAAAAUCGGUCUGUGGACUUCAGUGUCCGGACUAUCAUCUCACAUGCAAGCGCAAGAAAUCAUGCCGACAUACAUUAUUUUAGGCAAUGUCACCUCGUCUUACCAGCAGUUUGUAAUGAAGACCAUGUUAUGACAGCACGCACACACACACAGAGGAAAUCACUCGUUAUCUGAAGAAACUUCACUUUAUCUUACCAUCAGUUUAUAAUAAAGAUCAUGUUGUUGCAGUCCAUCCUGCCAUGUUAUGGCAGUUCAUUGUGUUACGACAGCCUGCUCGCACGUGCACACACACACAUACACCAACGACCUUCUUUGUCUCCUCCCCCUGACUCCAUUCAUCUCCCAGCCAAGUAAACCCUGUUAGGUGUCUUCUAGUCCAGUAAACCUAGUUAUGCGUCUUCCAGCUCAGUAAACCCUGUUAGGCGUCUUCCAGCUCAGUAAACUCUAUUACCUUUCACAGAGUACCUUGGUUACCUUGGUUACCCGCCUAGUAAACGCGAUUUUCGACUAUCCGUGUUCACUCGAUCUGUAAACGCCUUGCAGCCCAUUACACGCUGUGAAGAAGCCGAAUGUGAUUUGAGCUCACCAUGCUUUUGUUUCUUCGGGAGGUUAACAUAAACUACACAGAGGAAGUUGAACUCUCUCCAUCUUUCUCUUUCUUAUCCCCUUUCUUCCUUGCUUCCUUGCAUGCUUUGUUGUUUAUUUUGACUAGGAAAACAGCUCGCACUCACAAAAUGACUGCUUCUGCAACUCUACAGGUAUACACGGACACAACAAUGUGAAUGCAGUUCAAGACAUAAACAUAUAUGUAUAUGUUCUUAUACUCUGAACAGCUAACACCAUUUGUAAUAAGUCUCUGGUGCUUAGCAGUGACUGUUCAUCCCCCUCUGGCAUGAGACAGUGCUAAACAUUAUCCGCUUGAAUAAUGUUCCACGUGACCUAUAUCAUCUUCUGUGAUAAAAGAAAAAUGCAUGUUACAUUAUUUAAAUAUAGAAUCAGACAAGCUCUAUGUGCUUUUAUGUGCUUUGUUGUUGGAGGUGACUUAUUGGCUGAGGACCUUAGUAUGGCCGUUGUGUUGAUAACUCUGUGUACUUCUUUGUGAGAACUUUACAGUUUCAUAGUUUAUUUCACGCAGAUAAAUAUUUUAUUUCCUGGUGACACAUUGAAGAAAAUCUCCAAAUUGAGAAUCUGUUAUUUUAUGAGCCUUCAUUAUCCCCACAUAUAUUCGAAUAAAAUUAAAUUUUAAACUAUUCUUCCCAAUGGCCAGGGGCAGAAGACGUUGACUGGUUACAAAAAGAAUGUUUAAAGCUAGCCACAUGGUACAAAUUUGGCAAAGAGUUUCUCAAGUCAGAUCGUCACUAAUUGAGACAACUUAAAAAGCCAUAUUUGAUAAAUUAUCAGUACAAUAUUGUAAAAUGGCUCAGCUUAUUUUGAGCUCGAAAUGAAGACAUCUUGCUUGACCUGGAACAAAGCCAGACUAAUGCAAACAUUAACUCUCUUCAUGACUAGAGUGCCAUAAACUUCAGCCAAGUCACUACGCGAAAGAUUUUUACUUC